CUAUUUCACCUAUUUAAACCCAAUUUUUUCAAUCACAGAUACUCACCUUUGAUUUCAUCUCCUUCUCUCCCAUUCUUGUUUUUUCAUUUUAGAUCUUCAAGAAUCUUGAUCUAUCUACAUUGCUUCAUUGUUUAGAACCCGAAAAACGCCUCCGAAAACUGUAAUAAAGCAAAGGAAAAAAUGACAAUCACAGCUGUGCCAGUGAUCAAGAAUGGCUGCCUAAUGGUUCGUGGCAAGGUUGUCUUAACCGGAGUUCCAGACAACGUUGUCAUCACUCCAUCGAGCUCGGGGUCAGCCUUCGUUGGCGCCACUUCGCCUAGCCCGAGCUCUCACCAUGUCUUCAAUCUUGGAACUCUUGAAAACUACAGAUUCAUGUGCCUUUUCAUCGCGAAGAUCUGGUGGAUGAUCCCGCGUGUUGGGAGGUCAGCUAGUGAGAUCCCUAUGGAGACUCAGAUGCUUCUGUUGGAAGCUGAGGAGGAAUCUGCUCUGGAUUUGCUUCAAGAGGAGAGCGAAACGAGUGGGAACAAGUUCUACGUGCUCGUGCUGCCCGUGCUGGAUGGAGCGUUCAGGACAACGCUGCAAGGGACUAAAGCGAACGAGCUCCACUUCUGCUGUGAAAGUGGUGAUCCUAAUGUGCAAAUUUCACAAGCGUUGGAAGGCGUUUUUAUCAAUUCGGGUGACAACCCUUUUGAGCUACUCAAGGAUUCAAUCAAGAUAUUGGCAAAGCACAAGGGCACAUUUAGUCACCUGGAUAACAAGAAGUCUCCUGCUCACAUAGACUGGUUUGGAUGGUGCACGUGGGAUGCUUUCUACACUGAUGUUACUCCAAAUGGAAUCAAAGAUGGUCUACAAAGCUUCAAAGAGGGUGGCAUUUCUCCGAAGUAUCUGAUCAUAGACGACGGGUGGCAAGAAACCGAGAACGAAUUCAAGAAGGAAGGAGAGCCAAUCAUUGAAGGAACACAAUUUGCUACCAGAUUAACUGAUAUCAAGGAAAAUAGCAAGUUCAAGAUCUCAGAAUCAGAUGGUACAGCAACAAAUCUCAAAGAAUUGAUUCAUCAAAUCAAGGAGAACUAUGGCUUAAAGUAUGUCUACAUGUGGCACGCUCUAGCCGGCUACUGGGGCGGAGUGCAGCCAGCAUCGGAGGCGCUCAAGAAGUACAACCCGAAGCUGCAAUACCCGGUGCAGUCACCAGGGAACGUCGGGAACAUCACAGACAUAGCCAUGGACAGCCUGGAAAAGUAUGGAGUUGGAGUGGUUGAUCCUGAAAAGGCCUUCGAUUUCUACAACGAUAUGCACAGCUAUCUUGCCAGCAGUGGUGUGGAUGGUGUCAAGGUCGACGUGCAGAACCUGAUCGAGACUCUGGGAGCCGGACACGGUGGCAGAGUCUCCAUCACCAAACAGUAUCAUGAAGCUCUUGAUGAGUCCAUUGAGAAGAACUUCACUGACAACAACUUGAUCUGCUGCAUGUGUCACAACUCAGACUCGAUUUUCAGCUCAAAGAAGAGCGCGACUGCUAGAGCGUCCGAGGAUUUCAUGCCUAAUGAGCCCACAUUUCAGACACUGCACAUUGCAUCUGUGUCUUUCAACAGCCUUCUUCUAGGUGAAGUUGUUGUGCCAGAUUGGGACAUGUUCCACAGCAAUCACAGCACUGCAGAGUUCCAUGGUGCAGCAAGAGCAAUAGGAGGAUGUCCAGUCUAUGUGAGCGACAAGCCAGGAAAACACGACUUCGAGAUACUCAAAAAACUCGUGCUGCACGAUGGAUCCAUCUUGAGGGCUAGAUAUGCUGGAAGGCCUACACGUGACUGCCUGUUUGUUGAUCCAGUCAUGGAUGGAAAGAGCUUGCUCAAGAUAUGGAACUUGAACAAGAUAACCGGAGUUGUUGGAGUUUUCAACUGCCAAGGAGCUGGAACUUGGCCUAUGAAACAAGCACCCGAAUCCACUCAAAACACCGGCCCCAUCCCAGGCCGUUUUAGCCCCCUUGAUGUGGAAUACCUCGAAGACAUUGCAGGCGAAACGUGGACUGAGGACUGCGCUGUAUAUGCCUUCAAUUCAGGAACCCUUUCAAGAGUGCCUAAAAACAGAGCUGUUAGAGUGUCACUGGGAGUGUUAGAGUGUGAAAUCUUCACCAUUUCCCCAAUAAAACAGAUGUUGAAUGAGGAAAUCCAAUUUGCACCUAUUGGUCUGAUUAACAUGUACAACUCUGGUGGAGCAGUCGAGGAUUGUACAUUCGGUGAAACUGUGACAAUCAAGGCAAGAGGGAGAGGAUUGUUUGGAGCAUAUUCGAGUAAGAAACCGCGUUUCUGUAAGGUGGAGAAGAAAGAUGAGGAGUUUACAUACAGUUCAGACAGUGGAUUGCUCACAGUAGAUCUUCAAAGUGACAGCAGCUUCAAAGAGAUUGAGAUUGCCUACUGAAUUAUUCCAGAUUUUCCAAGAGCAAAAAUGUAGGAUUUUUCACAGAAGAAAAUUAUUCAAAUUUUUUCAUCAUGAGGAUCAAAAAGAAGAGGGAAAUUAUAUCAAGCUUUUUUGUCAUUGUUUUCUGUUAUUUCUUUCAUUCUUUUUUUGUAAAGCUCGUGGUUAAUUCAAUAAUGGAAGAUGGAUUUUAUCUAUUA